AUGACGCUAACUGAUCUUCAAGCUCUAGUUGCAUUUUGCAAGUAUGAUGCGGCGCCGGUGUACCUGGCGGAGACGGCGCCGCCCAAGUGGCGAGGAGCCUUCACGACGGGGUUCCAGCUCUUCCUCAGCAUCGGCAACCUGGCGGCUAACCUGGUCAACUACGGUACCUCGCGCGUCGCCACGUGGGGGUGGCGGCUCUCGCUCGGCCUGGCGGCGGCGCCCGCCGCCGUCAUCCUCGUCGGGGCGCUGCUCAUCCCGGACACGCCCAGUAGCCUCAUCGUGCGCGGGCGCGUCGAGGAGGCCCGCGCCGCGCUGCGGCGCGUCCGCGGCGCCAAGGCGGACGUGGACGCCGAGCUGGAGGACGUGGCGCGCGCGGUGGAGGCGGCGCGCGCCUACGAGGAUGGCGCGUUCCGUAGGAUCCUCAGGAGGGAGCACCGGCACCACCUGGUGAUGGCCGUGGCGGUGCCGCUGUUCCAGCAGCUCACCGGGGUCAUCGUCAUCGCCUUCUUCUCGCCGGUGUUGUUCCAGACGGCCGGGUUUGGCAGCAAGGCUGCGCUGAUGGGCGCCGUCAUCCUCGGCGCCGUGAACCUGGGCUCCACGCUCGUUUCCACCGUCACGGUCGACCGGUACGGCCGUCGGCCACUGUUCUUGACUGGUGGGCUCCUUAUGAUCAUCUGCCAGGUUGCGGUUGCGUGGAUCAUGGGGGCGCAAAUCGGACGGAAUGGCGAGUCCGCGAUGGCGAGACCGUACUCCAUCGCGGUGCUGGCGCUGACGUGCGUCUUCUCGGCUGCGUUCGGGUGGUCGUGGGGGCCGCUCACCUGGGUUAUCCCCGGCGAGAUAUUCCCGGUGGAGAUUCGGUCGGCGGGGCAGGGCGUCAGCGUGGCCGUCAACCUGGGCGCCACCUUCGUGCUCACGCAGACGUUCCUCUCCAUGCUGUGCGCCUUCAAGUACGCCACGUUCAUCUACUACGCGGCCUGGGUCGCCGUCAUGACCGCGUUCGUGGUGGCCUUCCUGCCGGAGACCAAGGGGGUGCCGCUCGAGGCCAUGGGCGCCGUCUGGGCGCGCCACUGGUACUGGGGCCGCUUCGUGAAGCCGCCGGCCAAGAACGCCGAGGGCCCCUGA